AUGGACCACCUCGGUAGGCCUAUUGCUGUUGAUGCUCAAUUGUACACCUCCCUGGAACUGUUCCAUGCUUUUGAUUGGACAUUUAAGGAGCAUCUAGAUGGAGGAGUUGCUAGCUCCAUAUUACAAUCACCCACCAUAUUUACAAAUGGGCUAUGGUAUCCUAUAAUUGGAAGAACGUUUGAUGUUGGAGAUGUUAUUAACCAACCAACGUGGUUGUGCUUUGUAAGAGAAGACGCAAGAGAAAGUAUGCGCUUGUUGAGAUUUGCAUUCCUUGCUAAUGUUGUUCAUGGACAGUUAGUUUGUCUUUUGUUGCUUGUCAUCUAA